AUUUUAUCUCACCAAAAAACUUUGGAUCCAUCAUCGGGAACCAUCCUCCCAUAAGGUUUUACGAUGAUUGGAUCUAGGUCUAGGAGACCAAAUAAAAAAAACAAACACAUAACGAUACUCCUCUCAUCUACCUGCCCCUUCGUCGAGGUUAUGGAGGAGUUUAACUUUGAUUCCGUCGCUGGUGAUUUGCUUUGGUGAGCUUCAGACGAAGCUUUGGUGACACGUUCCGGCCAGUUUUUCGUUCAUUUUUAUACCCCCUUGCCACUUCCUCACCUUCUUCUUCGAUCCUACUUGUGUCUUCAGGUGUGUUUCCAUCUUUAACUUGGUUAAUUUAAGAGAAUUGGAUCUAGGAUUCUUAGGUGAGGAGAAUGGGAAAUUUUUGCAUGAAUGAUGAAAUUAGGCGAGGGAAUCAUUGACUAAUGAUGAUUGCAUGUUGCUUAAGUGUUUGAUUGGAUGAUUAAGCCUUGGUGGGAAAUAAUUUGCAUGUUUUGGUUGUUUGAAUUGGGAAUUCCCAUAAAGUUUGUGCUUUUAAUGAGUAACCCUAAUAAACUUUUGUGCAUGAAUGGUGGCCACAUGAGCAUGAUCUCGGCUUGCAACCUUGAUGACAUAUGAAACACCUAGUUUUAUGUCGGUGUGCUCGAAGGUUGAUUGAGCUUAAAUGUUGGCUAUCUGGCCUUGUGAAAAGCCUAUGAUGACAUGUUGGAACUUAAGUGUGGGGGAGUUGUUUUUCUCCCCAUUGUGCAUGUCUAAUAAAUUGUUCCACGUAUAGUGCAUGUUGUUUGGUUUUUUGCAGGAUGGGUACCUCGAUGCAUCCUUAUAUCAACUACUUGGUGGAUCAGCCAGUCUAUGGGUCAAACUUUGAGUGUGGCGAAACGGGGAUAUUGAGCCCCAUUGACACCUCGACUUGGACAUGUUUGACAUGUUCCAUUUUCGAGCUGCCAUUUCAACAACUAUCGGCCAUCCCUAGUGGUGCAUUCUUCUCAUCAUUGAUAAACGCAUCUGCCGAGAGUAGUGUUUGGAGUUUUAAUCAUAAUUUUUGCACGAGCAGCCCCAAGCCGGCACGCCUAACCUAAUGUCGAGUUCAUGCCAGGAUGCUCCACCAUACCAUCGGCUAUGACACGUUGGCCGGAGCUUUGGGACUCCACAGGGGGAUCAUGACUGUCUCGGAGGGAAAACACUAGGGUUUUUAAUCCCCAACAAGUGUUUGAGGCGAUAUGCCUGUUAGUGGAGUGGGAGCAUACCUUCAUGUGGGCCACACAAAGGCGACGCAGUUCAGACCCUAGUUGAGGAUUCUCCAUAUGCUCCUGCCUCAUUGUGUGAUUCUGAGUCUCCUAGUUGGCGAAAUAGGUCACUCUUUGGGGGAUGGUGGCCUUGCACAAUAUGGGACCACCCCAAGAGCCACUUCACUUGGGUUCAGUGAUGGCGACUACCUUCUCAAGGAUUUUUGGUCGCCCUCGGGUCUACACUAAGCACCUGGGCCCCCAUCAUCACCAGACUUGCCGUGUAAUUUGGGAUGGACCUCACCCACUACACGGUGGGCCAGACCCUGAUCUUCCCGAUGGAGACACUCCGUCAUAUGAUAUUGGUUCGAAUAGAGCGAGGCAUCGAGUACAUCAAUGGCCUCCAAGCUUCUGCCAUAUUUCAACCCGUGGUGAAGGAGGCACCAGAGCCAGAGCCAGCUCGGAGAGCUCCACCACCACCAUGACGCUGUGUCUAUCAUGGGGCUUCUUCAUCAUCAUCCAGAGCAUGACCAUCUUUUCCCACUAUCGGCUUAGAGGCACGAGUCACUACCCUUGAGGGCCAAUUUGAUGGGCUGUCUUCACAGAUCUCUUGAGAGCGAGACGCUUGACAAAAUCCCCACUACCUAGUGGAGGAGCUCCAACCACUCUUCUCUAUACCUCAUCGAGGACAAUGUCGUGCUUAAGUUUUUUUUUUUUUUGGAGGGGGCGGGGGUGUACAUGUAGUUGUGAAUGGCCUAUUUGAAUGUGUUGGAGCCUUGUGAUUGCCAAAUGUUUACAAUUUGAGGGCUCCAACCACUUGUGCGUGAAUGAAUAAUUAGAUGGACA